CUGACUGAUCUUGUACAUGACCUGGGUUCAAUUCUCAGCAACCCCCAGGACUGCAUACGGCGGGCUGUAAUGACAGCCCGAGGGGAUCUGAAGCCCUCUUCUGGUCUCCAUAGAUGUUGCAUGUACGUGGUGGACAAACAUGCAGGCAAGCACCAGAAGUGGCAGUUGCAGGAGACAGGACCACCAAACGGACCCUCGGGCCUUGCGGACUCUCGCGCUUUGCGGUUGGAGAAGACCUUCAAGCAGCGCUGAAGAUUCGAACAAAGAGUGGAAGAUGUCCAGUUCUUCCGAAAGCGGCACGCCACCAAGAUCCCCAGGAUAAUACGGCCACAGGGGGAGGAAGCAGGGGUGAAAGACAGUUGCCUGUUCUGGACAAAACCAAGUUUCUUGUAUCCGACCAUAUCAACCUGAGAGAGCUCGUCAAGAUAAUUAGAAGAUACCUAGAGCUCAACACUUACCAAUUCUUCUUCCUCCUGGUAAACCAACACAGCCAUCGAGCAUGUCCACGGCUAUCUAGGAGCAGUACCAGAGUGAGAAGGAUAAAAACGGCUUCCUGGAUGUGAUGUGGAGACAUUCGAGAUGACUCUGGCUGUGUAAGACUGGAACGGUGACUGACGUUUAACUCUUACCAAGGGGAAAAAGAGUUAUUACCAGUGAUCAGAACGCAGGAGCCCAUCUAGGGCUAUUGGAUACUUGUGAUCAGCCAGGGACUGAACUCCACGUCAACGUAUUCAGCUUAGAAAAUCAUCUUAAUUUGGCUAUCUUGUUUUAAGUCUUAAGAAGUCUUAAGUCGACAAGCAAAAACAAAAAAUAGAUAUAAAAUAAAGGGGGGGGGGGGGGAAACGUGACAGGAUGGAUUUAGUAAUUUUCUUCACGAUACUAGCCGUGUUAUUAUCUCUAUACUUUUAUUUCUAUCACCUGUCUCUAUAUAUCGGAUAGUAGGUUUAUACCUUAAAAACAUACAAACAUUUUAAAAAUCUACUUUUCUAUGUAUACAUGUAAAUUAUUUUUUAAAAAC